GUGAGAGAUAAACUUUUGCGAAUAACGAGAACUGUAAUAAAGAUUGUCCACUGCCUACGACGUUGUUUCACUGUCAGUUCUACAGAAUGUGAGAAAAUCCUAUUGGCUAACUCGCCUUCGUAUUGCAAAUACACGAUACCUGUUUUAAAAGCCUGGUUCAGAAUAGAUAUUCUCUAAUUGCCUAUCACAAGUUCAAAUAUCAAAUCGAUAUCGAAUGGAUCUAUAGUAUUUGAAACUCGUCUGACAUUUUUAUAUACAAUAAAUAGAAUUCGAUUUCUCGGAUUUUCUGCUCUCUUUUGUUUUCCAUUUAAAAUGAUAUAAACGUAACCUUCUCCAGGCGUGGAAAUGAGAAAAUUGCUCGGUACCCUUGAGAUUUAGUGAUGUAAUGGACGUAUCUAAAACUCGGCCAAAAUACAAGCAGUACACGUGCCUCUGUUUUUCAGUAAUGGGGCAAAGAAGAUUUCGAGUUUCGAUGGGUGUCCUUAUUGCUACUCCGGAAGCAGGAGAUGCGUCGGUUAACGUCGUACCGCAAAUGAAGAAGAACACUUCCAAGAAUUUUGUUGCCGCGAUACCAGAAAGGAACGACGGCUUCACCGCGUGCAAUCAUGGGAAUGACUCGUUCGAUAGUAUAAACAAAGAUGCGUACGACCACCUGCUUUUAAUGAAAAAUAGUUCUUUCGAUACAAUGAGCAAUUCCUCGAUCCACGAUAGCUGCCUGUUCCCCUACUACAGGAGUAACAAAAGCGAUAGCAACUCAGACGCUGUUCUAGUGAAAGACGUGGGAGUGUCCUGCACGCUUUUAAACAUUCCAUGGCCCGAAGAUUUUUCCCGAUCGUUGUUUCCACAGUCGAAAAAUCUCGUGAAACAUCUCAAAGAAGAGUACGACGAUUUAUCUAAUAUCACGCACAAAAUCACCGCGUAUACAAAAGACAUUCUUGGUCAGCUGUCGAAAAGAGACGAGAGGAAGCAGCAGUUACUCAAAGAUUUGACAGGUACGAAUCACGCGGCUGCGUCUCAGUACGUAGAUGGUGGAGGUAAUCUCUGUUUAAAAUUGAGAUUUCUCAGCAAUGCCGGGACUCAGUGCGAGAAGGACUUGUUGAGUAAUAGAAAUGAUACCAAGAGAUUGCGUAACAAGCAUUCGAGGAACCAGAUGAUCGACAAAACUGAUCUCUUAUGCGACGAGCAUAUAUUGUCCAAGUACGAAAAAUACGUGCAGACUAUAAUAAAUCAAACAAGCGCCGGGACGAACACUUCGACGUCCAGCAACACUUCUCUUUAUAAUUUUUUAACCAUGAGGAAGAGACGAAUGGCGGACGUAUUGACGAACACGAAAUCGACGAGGUUCUCAGAGAAGUGUCCUAAAUACAGCAGCCGAAAGAGUAGCAAGUCUACUUUGAAUAAACAGAACUCGGUGGUACUUACUAAUUGGAGCGAGAUUUCGAAAAAGCAGGGCAAACACAACAAGCUUUCGAUCGGUUCGAAAGAAUCGCAGCAAAUGGCGAACGCGAAGAACAAAAAGAUUCAGGACGAUUACAUUAAGAAAAUGAACAAUUUACCUAACACAAAGUUUCACACGGUCAAUAUAAGGGUCGUUAAACAAAAAAAUACGCGCAAGAAACAUGUGUAAUCUUUUUUAUCCACCAUUUUUAUUUAUAUAAUAAAUAUUUUUAUGAUUGUAUUUCAUAACUGUUGUUCGGUUGUAUUCUACUUUCUGAGUAAAUUUCUAUUUGUACGAUUACUCAUUUCGUGGGAAACUUGAAUUUAAAUUAUGUAUCCGCUGUCAUGUGUUGGACGCGCCGUGGGAGGCUU